GAAGUGCGGCGUGAGGAAGCCGCCAGCGCCCAGCCCCGCAUCCAAGCCAACCCACUACUAAGGUCCCGCACCCUACCGAACUUCGGCGGUCGCGUGUCGAGGGAGGCGUCCCGCUGCGACACGUCCCGCCGCGCGCACCACAUCACGAUGGCCUCCGAGGACCUGCUGCAGCCGGGACACGUCGUCAAGGAGCGAUGGAAGGUGGUGAAGAAAAUCGGAGGAGGGGGUUUCGGCGAGAUAUACGAAGGUCUGGACUUGGUCACCCAGGAACAGGUGGCUCUGAAGGUUGAAUCGGCCCGACAACCUAAACAGGUGCUAAAGAUGGAGGUGGCCGUGCUGAAGAAACUUCAAGGCAAGGAGCAUGUGUGUCGAUUCAUAGGCUGCGGCAGAAACGCGAGGUUCAACUACGUCGUGAUGCAGCUUCAGGGCAGGAACCUGGCCGAACUGAGGAGAGCUCAGCCGAGGGGGGCGUUCUCCCUCUCCACUACUUUAAGAUUAGGACUGCAAAUACUCAAAGCUAUAGACUCAAUACAUUCGGUCGGAUUUUUACAUAGAGAUAUUAAGCCGAGUAACUUCAGCAUAGGUCGUCACCCGUCGAACUGCCGCAAGGUCUACAUGCUGGACUUCGGACUGGCGCGGCAGUACACCACCAGCAACGGGCAGGUGCGGCCCCCCAGGGCGGCGGCCGGUUUCAGAGGCACCGUGAGAUACGCAUCGAUCAACGCGCACAAGAAUAAGGAGAUGGGACGUCACGACGAUCUGUGGUCUCUCUUCUACAUGCUGGUGGAAUUUGUCAACGGGCAGCUGCCUUGGAGGAAGAUCAAGGAUAAGGAGCAGGUCGGUCUGAUGAAAGAGAAGUACGACCACCGCCUCCUUCUGAAGCAUCUCCCGUCGGAGCUGCGCCAGUUCCUGGAGCACGUACAGCAGCUGGAGUACGCGGACACGCCGGACUACGCCAUGCUGACCUCGCUGCUGGAGAGGUGCUGCAAGAGGAGGGGCAUACGGGACUCCGACCCCUACGACUGGGAGAAAGAGGCCGUCUGCGUGUCCCGGACGCGAGCCUCCGUCCAUCCGGCGCCGGAGCACGCGCUGCCGACCGAAACGCAACCGGACAUUAGCCGGCGGCGUCCCGACACGGAGCUGACGGCGGCCGUGGCGACGGACACGCAGACGAACCCGCAGAAGGACAAGCCCGUGGAGAAGCGGGCGUCCCCCGCCUCCCCUGCAUCCCCCCGCCACGCAGCGCACGCGCCGCACGCGGCCCACGGACCGCACCAGCACAACGGCUACUCCACCACCGAGAAGCCGACCGUGGAAAAGGAGGUGGAAGUCAGAACGACACCAGCGCCCUCGCCUGACAGACAUGCUAAGCAAGAGACGAGUAAUGCGGCGCUGACCGCGGGCGCCCGGCCAGAGCGCCAGAGCGUACCCCCGUGCAAGCCCAGGCCCCCCGCCCCCGGAGGUCCGACCCUGGCGCGGCUGCGCGUGGUCACGGCGCCGCCCACCUGCGUGCAGGACCUCGCACACACCCCGCCCACGCCCGGCGAAGCUGUCAGUCCCAGGAUAGUGGCUGACGUUGACAGCAUGCAUUCGGACACGCAUUUCAAGCGCGCAGGGCGGCGGGCGGCCCGCGCGCGCGCCGACCAGAGCUACACGCAGUUCGCCGUCAUGGACGACGAGAACGUCUCCGCCCUGCAACAGGUGACGAAGGGUGGCGCUUUGACGCUGGUCUCGCUGUGGAAGUCGCAGUUCGACGACUCCGAGGAGACAACCGACAACGAGUGGAAACAGGAGCAGUUACAGUCGCCGGAGCACCGCUGCGGGCGCGUGUCGAGCUGCUCGCGCACGCAGCCGCAACACUCGCAGUCCGCGCACACGGCGCUGCACCAGCAGCAGCCGCCCCCCGCGCCGCCCGCCCCGCAGCCGCCGGUGCAGCCGGAUCCGCCUCCUCCGCCGUCUCCUCCUGUCCCAACGGUGCGACCGCCGGCUCCCCCGCGCCCCCCUCCCGCCCCCCGCUGUCUGUACAUCCCGGGAAUCGACGCCUACCCACGACUGCAACCCACGCUGCCACGCUGCUGGUCGCUGCCCGCAAUAGGUGAGCACAUCAGGUCGCUGAGCGCGCCGCUGGUGCAGCAGGCGUCGUUCGACGGCGUCGGGUACCGCGUGGACGUGAUGCGAGGCGUCGCCGCCAGGAUGACGCGCGCGCCCGCCACGCCACCGCCGCGCGCACGCACGCUUCCCAGUCUGUCGAGUUCGAGCAACUCCCCGCCCGGGACCGAGGUCCGGCCGGCGAAGCCCUGCGAGGCAGAGGGCGCCACGGUCUCCAGCCGACUCGAGAUCCGAGUCAGGCCGGCCCCGCACGACAGCGCCUCACCCCACCACUCCGUUAAAAUUCACUCUGUAGUGUGCGGGGGCGAAGGCCUGAGACCGAACCACGAGGAGGCAUCGGUCUACUACGACGCCACAGAGCACCAGAGAGACAAACGGUCCUCGACACGCAGCGUCGAGAAGAGCCACAGCCCUGCCGUGGAGCGCACCAAGCUGGACUCAGUGCCUGACAGGAGCUGCAUAGCAUUUAUCAAGAGGGACAUCAGGGAGGCGACCAGCGGCGCCGGCGACGCCUCCCAGAGCCUGAGAGAUCGCUCAUCGGGCAGCGCCAGCACGUCGCGCAUCCCCGUGGCCAGCGCGGAGCACCGCCUCGCCAAGUGCGCCUCCUGGAGCGGCGACGGACCGCUCUGCGCCGACCUCACGCCUGCAUUGAGGAGACGAAGGCAGAACGCGAACGAGAAGUACGCCGCGGACCCCGCCCGGGAGCUGAACCUGCGGUUCGCGAGACCCCGGCACCGGCAGCCGCAGCAGCACCCCAGGGCCGGCGCGCACAGCUCCUCGUCAUCGGGCUCCCCGCCCCCCGCUCCCCCUGCGCCCGCCGCCGCGCCCCCCGCGUCCGCCGGCGCGCCGCACAACGCCGCGCGCGCCCGCCGCUUCCGCCCGCUAUCCAUCGCCCCCUAGGAUCUCUUGAUGACGUCACAGCGAAGAAGGACCCCCGGACCUCGGACUUGUAUAAACGUGUGACAGCAACUGUCCCCUCGGCGGUCCGACACGGGGACCGCUUAAUAUCGCCG